CAAGAUUCUCAUCGACUCUCUUUGCCAAGGGAAUCUUACUCCAAUGCUCCACCUCAGUUGACCGAAUUGCUCGAAGACAUGGCUCUCAAGGGAUACGAUUGGGGCUUGACGACAAGUGGUAAGAGAAGCACCAAAAGUGGAGUGCGAAGUUUGGGAGCAAGUGCUUCACUUGAGUCUAAGCUUGACAAGUUGAUUGAGGUGAUCCUUGAGGAAAAGAAUCAAGGGAAGAGAGCGGUGAUGUCUUGUGAUUGGUGUUCUAGCACUAGUCAUGAAAUUGUGGAUUGCCAAGCAAUGAAGGAGACAAGUACCCCCGAGGAGAAAGUGAGUUUCAUUGCCAAUACUAGAGGGAACAAUCGCUAUAGAAACACCUACAACCCCAGGUGGCGCGUUCAACAAAACUUUGCUUGGUCUUCCCCUACCAAUCCAAGACCUCCCGGUUUCCAAGGUCCAACGGGCAACUAUCAACGUCGUCCGACUUACAUCCAACAAAGAUCUCAGUUCCAAAACUCGAACUUCCAACAACCAUACCAAGCACAAUGCGGUCAAGGGUGGAGAAGAAGAAACCUUGGGAGAAAAGAGAGGAGUGGCGAGGAAGGCAUCGCCAACACCACCUCCAGUGGCUGAGUACACGCAACCCCUACCUUUUCCCACGAGGAUGCAUAAGGAAAGAUUAGAAGCGGAAUGUGGAGGUUUAUGGAGAUUCUCAUAAAAAUCCAACUCAAUAUUCCUUUCCUUGAAACAAUGGCCCACAUGCCACGAUAUUCAAAACACCUAAAGGGGAUUCUCUCCAAGAAGCCGAAGUUCCAAAACCUCGCCAAUGUCACCUUAGGCGAGGAGUGCUCAUCGCAUAGAAAAUUUCUUGGAAGACUUAGGAGUAAGCAUUAAUGUGAUUCCCUUUAAGCUUCUUAAGAUGCUAUACUUGGGUGAAUUAAAGACUACUAGGCUUAGUGUCACAUUGGCUGAUCGCUCUGUCAUUAGUCCUAGGGGCAUUGUGGAGGACGUGCUAGUACGAGUGGGGAAAUUCAACUAUCCGAUGGAUUUUGUGAUGCUUGAUAUAAGUGAAGAUUCAAAAAUGCCACUCAUACUAGGAUGCCCCUUCCUUGCCACCGCCAAGGAUUUAAUUAAUGUAAUGAGGGGACUUUGAUUCUGAGAGACUGUGAGUAGAAAAUUACUCUUGGAAUUGAAUCUAAGCCUAGAAGUGAGGAUGUGAAGGAAGUGGAAUAAAAUUAUAUGAAUGCAAGUGAAGGAGAGCCUUUCAAGGUGAACCCCACUAUUACUGUUAUUCCUUGUGGUCAUGUAAAGCACAUAACCAAGGAGGGUAUCACACCCAAAGAAAGAAGGAAGAGAGCUUGGAAGGAAAGGAUGAAUCACAUUAUUGCCCAAAAAAAGGAAGAGGGCAACGCGAAAGUCAUCAGCCUAGAAGGCCACCCCAUGGAGUUUAAGUUGGGAGGUGAUAAGCCACGCCUCGAGACCGUGGCGGAUCCACUCUCGGUGGCUUCAUGUUCUUAAGCAUGAUAGAUCCGCAACGUCAAGCUAGUGACAUUAACUUAGCGCUUGUUGGGAGGCAACCCAACGUAGAUUUGUUUUCUUUUCCUUAUUUUCUCUUUUUGUGGUUGAGUGAAGAGUUUAAGUGGUCAAAGUGGUAUCCCCAUGCCAGAUCUUUGUGAUUGUGUGUUUUGAGAUGGGUUGUGAUCGAUAGUAGGCACGAUGGAGUAGGUCGAGUCAAAAUUUUCUAGAAAUGCCUUGUUUUCACUUCAUUUCAUAGUAUGCACUUGCAGUUCGCAACCUUAAUCUACCGUGAACUGCUUAACCCUUCUGUGAACCAGGGUGCUUCCACGUGUUGUGAAACUCACCGUUUCACCCCAGUUCACGCUCAUCUCCAAGCUAUGUUCACGGUCUUAGCGACAGUGAACAGGGAAACGCGUCCAUGAACCUCGGGCUCUGCCUAGAAAAGGGUUGUGAACGCCUUAUCUUCACUUCACGACCCAAAUUUUACCGAAAAACUUUUGAAUAUGUCGGAAAAUCGUGGUUUUCCGACAAAUUUUGCCAUUUUCGUCAACUUCCUUCGAUCUAAUUAAAAACCAACCACAGAACCAAUCUUCCCUCGCCAAGGACGGCCUUCGCUGAGAUUUUGGGAAGAUUUGGAGCUGAUUUUUCUGGUGAGGCGAUUUCCGGUGAGCCUCAGACGAGCUUCCGGCGAGUCUCCGAUGACACCUCUCCAGCUUGUUUUCGUGCAAUUUUUCGACUCCCUCACCCUAACCUCACUUCUUCUACAAUCCUUCUUUAGUCUCCAGGUUUGUUUUCGACCUUACCUUUGUUAAUUGUUGAGAAUCAAAUUAGGGAGUAAAGUGAGGUGAUUCUAGUGAAUUCAUUAUUGAACAUAGAAAUAGGGCGAGGGAUUAGUUUAUUAGUGGUGCAUGAAUGCUGAAAUGUGAUUUGUACGAGCUUAAUUGAGCCUUGGUGGGCAUAAUUUAGGACAAAUUGCUUGCAAAUGUGAAAUUUGCCCACCAAGUGCAAAAUUAUGAAUGAAUGUGGAACUUUUAU